AUGUCAAUGAUCUGGCAGAUGGAAACAUUAGCCGACAGUCUGUACAAAGACCGCAAGAUCCGUGGAUUUUGCCACUUGCCGUGUUGUCCGCUGUUAGGGCACGGAAAAGAAUAUGUUCAGGCCGGUAAAGGGCCUCUUGUAUACGAAUACACCACUUAUCGAUUUGCCGGACAUUCCAUGUCAGAUCCCGGAACAGCAUAUCGCUCGCGCGAUGAGUUGAAGACAGAGCGUGCCAAUAAUCCCAUCUCAAGUUUCCGCGACAAGCAGAUCGAUUGGGGUGUUUUUACGGAAGAUCAAGCUAAGAGCGUUGACCGAAGUGUUCGGGAGAUGACCAGUAAGGAAGUCGCCGAAGCUGAGAAGUCUCCCGAAUCAGAGCUCAAAGCAGAGGUGCUGUUCCAAGACAUAUAUGUCCGUGGUAGCGAGCUAAAUCAGUGGCGCGGGAGGACGAUAGACGAGACUGAUUACUCUGGAUACUCCAUGAAUAUCCUCGUUUAG